CUGAAAACUUCUGUCAACUUGAUCAACUUUGUUUUUUUAGACUGUGAGGAUAUCCACCAAAAACACACUUCUGAUGCCCAAAGUGGCAUUUUCAGAAUCACGCCAGCAGGAUCCGCUAAGGUUUUUUCAGUUUAUUGCGACCAAGAGACUACUUUGGGAGGAUGGCUUCUGAUCCAACAGAGAUUGGAUGGGUCAUUGAAUUUUAACCGGACCUGGGAAGACUACAAGAAAGGUUUUGGCAGUUUGGAUGUCAAAGGGAGGGGAGAAUUCUGGUUGGGCAAUGAAAACCUCCAUAUCCUGACCCAGAAAGAUACUGUCCUUCGAAUUGAACUAGAAGAUUGGGAGGGUGAUAAAGUUUAUGCAGAAUAUAAUAUACACAUAGAUUCUGAAUCAGAAGGUUAUAGACUCAGAGUCUCGAAUUAUAAAGGGACGGCAGGGGAUGCCCUGAUCAAAGGAUCAGAGGAAGAUGGCAUUGAAUAUACAGCUCACACUAACAUGAAAUUUAGUACUUAUGAUCGAGACAAUGAUCGGUGGGAGGAGAAUUGUGCUGAGGUGUAUGGAGGUGGCUGGUGGUAUAACAACUGUCAAGCUGCUAAUCUCAAUGGUAUUUACUACUCAGGUGGUCAGUAUGAUCCAAGGAACAAUGUUCCUUACGAGAUUGAAAAUGGAGUGAUUUGGUUGCCCUUUAGGCCAACAGAUUAUUCUCUCAAAGUUGUACAAAUGAAAAUUCGGCCAGUAGAAACAGACUAGUGAUAAGAGUCCUAAAAUUUAAUCCAACUUCCAAAACAAUAUAUACCUCAAACUUAUUAUAUGUGUGUAUGUGUGUGUGUUUGUUUCUUUACUAUCUGAAUGCAACUGAGUGAUACCUAUCUAUUAAAUAAAAUAAACAGAUUCACUCUAAUAAA